CUGCAGCUCGCCUGUCUGUUGUUUUUUUUGUGUGCAUGCAUGUGAGUGGAGGAACGUGUGCUCAGGUCCUUUUUUAGCAAAGAAUCUGGACACGGUGUGUUUGUGUGUGCGUGUGUGUGAGGGAGUGCGCGUUGUAAUGUGUCACAUAUUUAGAUGCUACCUUCCAUGAUUUGCACUUUUGUUUUUUUUUAUAAAACAGGUAUUUAUUUGUAUCAGAAAGUAGCCAUUCUGUUGAGCCAAAGCUGAACCCCCCUCCUCGACACGGUGAGGCUUUGUUUUGAGAAACGACCAAGACUUUCUGUUUAAUUGAUAUUUAGUUAGCUGGGUUAAGUUUAUCACAUAGCUGAGCGAAGAUGUCCACUGACUGUCAGAAGACAAGUGCCAAGACCAUCCCGUCGACCAGGAGAGUGACCAUCAACGACGCGGAGCACAUGCCCCACGACUACUCCACUACUCCCGGGGGGACCCUGUUCAGCACCACCCCGGGCGGUACCAGGAUCAUCUACGACCGAAAGUUCCUGCUGGAGUGUCGCAGUUCUCCGGUGACCAAGACUCCUCCGAGAGGCCUGCCGAACAUUCCUGGGGUGACCAGCCCUCCCUCCAAAGACGCCGGUGAGAAGGCGCACAACGGAGAACUACUGAACAACAACAACGUCGCCGCACCGGACACUGCAGGGGACGACGCGCAGUUUGAAAUGGACAUAUAGGCGGAGUAUUACGAUACUGUGAAGAGAGGCUCAGGAGUAUUUCCCCCACCGUCAUCUGUUUCCUGAAGACUGAGAUUCUUCAGUAUCUCAUUGACCUCACGUCCGUCUUUGUCGGUCUUAUUUGGUUGUUUUGCCCAAGAACAAACCUGUGGUGAUUUUUUUUUUGUUUGUUUUUUUCUCUGUCUGCCUCAAGGCUUAUAUUUGAUUCAUGUGUGACAAAGCGUGCCUUCCUGUAGUGGCUACCUGUUUAAAACCAACACUGAGAAGUACUUAACACCAACAAUGCCUCAUCCUUCAGAAAAUGAGAGAAAUGAUCCCGAAUAAAGAUCUAAUUUUCCUGAAUUUAAAACCAUUCCAGAAGGGUUUUCUGUCACGUGCUUUGAUUUCCACGCGUUUUCCUGACAAGUCUCCUCAGAUAUCGCCUUGAAGUGCUUAAGAUGUUAUAUGAUUUGUCAGCCGUGCUCUUAAAAAUGAGCUUUUCACCUGAAGUGUUAUACAAAGAAUGUACAACUGAAUUUUGUCAAAGGUGCAGAUUUUCACACGGUUUGUAGGGUGACAAAAUAAUUAAAGCAAACACCACGAAAACAAGCA